GCUCGCGCAGUCAGCCGCGGUCGUUGCGGAGCCUCCCGCACAUCACAUAUCCUCCCGCCGCUCGCCCCACUGACGGCGCUCCUUCUGGGGAUCAGACGCGCUGGAGAUGACGCUGUGAACCGCACGGUCACUGCUUCACGUCCUUCUGGUGUUUCCUUAAUUUUUUUAUCUUCACUUCACGCAACGAGGAAGAGGAAGAGAACCGCGUGAGAACUCCUUGCGCCGCAAGUUGUUCGGCGAGUCGGCCACACUGGAGGCAGGACGCGAUGGCGGUCCCGGUGAAGAAAGCGUUCACUCUCUUGGUGAUCACCGUGGCAACGGCCCUGGGCUCAGAUGUGGAGGAGCGUCUGGUGAACCGCCUCCUGUCUCCUGACCGCUACAACAAGCUGAUCAGACCGGCCGUAAACAAGAGCCAGCAGGUCACCAUCUACAUCCGCGCCUCUCUCGCCCAGCUCAUCAGCGUGAAUGAGAGAGAACAGAUCAUGACGACCAACUGCUGGCUUUCUCAGAUAUGGCACGACUACAGGCUGAUGUGGGAACCAGAUGAGUACCAAGGCAUCAAGAAAAUCCGUCUUCCGGCACAACACAUUUGGCUUCCAGACAUCGUCCUCUACAACAACGCUGACGGGAACUACGAGGUAUCCUUCUACUGCAACGCCGUGGUCUCCUACAACGGGGAGGUUAGCUGGCUGCCGCCCGCCAUCUACAAGUCAGCCUGCAAGAUUGAGGUGCGCGACUUCCCCUUCGACCAGCAAAACUGCACGCUCAAGUUCCGCUCGUGGACCUACGACCACACGGAGAUCGACCUCAUGCUGGAGAGCGACUUCGCCAACCUGGACGACUUCAAGCCCAGCGGCGAGUGGGACAUCAUUUCGCUGCCGGGCCGCAAGAACGAGGACCCCCAGGACAUCACCUACCUGGACAUCACCUACGACUUCAUCAUCAAGCGCAAGCCGCUCUUCUACACCAUCAACCUGAUCAUCCCCUGCGUGCUCAUCACCUCGCUGGCCAUCCUGGUUUUCUACCUGCCGUCCGACUGCGGGGAAAAAAUCACGCUGUGCAUCUCCGUGCUGCUGGCGCUCACCGUGUUCCUGCUGCUGAUCUCCAAGAUCGUCCCGCCCACCUCCCUGGCAGUGCCGCUGAUAGGGAAGUACCUGAUGUUCACCAUGGUGCUGGUCACCUUCUCCAUCGUCACAAGCGUGUGCGUGCUCAACGUGCACCACCGCUCCCCCAGCACCCACAGCAUGCCCGUGUGGGUCAAGCGCAUCUUCAUCCACAGCCUGCCCUACUUCCUGUUCAUGCGGCGGCCCGGCAGCUCCAACAUCCGGGAGCGCUUCCGCAAGAAGCACCAGCAGCAGACCUUCUCGGGGGAGCCGCGGAAGAACCAGCGGGGGGGCGGGGCCGGAGGGGGGGGCGGGGGCCUGGUGUCGGACGCCGCCUCCUCCUUCUAUGUCAACGAGGAGUCGGCCAAGCGCUUCGGCUGGCGGGUAAACAACCUGUCAGAGAGCAGCGAAGUCCGCCAGCGCACCACGCUGCGGUGCAACAUGGACAUGGAGGAGGCGGUGGACGGCGUGCGCUACAUCGCCGACAAGAUGAAGAGCGAGGACGACGAUGAAGGGAUCAUCGAGGACUGGAAGUACGUGGCCAUGGUGGUGGACCGCCUCUUCCUGUGGAUCUUCGUGCUGGUGUGCGUGACGGGCACCAUGGGCCUCUUCAUGCAGCCCCUCUUCCAGAGCUACAACGCACCCACCCCAGACGACCUGGAGAUGAACUGAAGGCUCCCCACACACAGCCCCCCCCCACACACACCUCCACCCAGACACAGCCCCCCCGCCCCCCCACACACCCAGCCCCUCCCUCUUCUCGUCUUUUUUAACGUGGUACCUGAAAAUAAAAGUGCUUUAAGAAUAACACACACAGACUGCUCGGGACAGCAGGGAUAUGAACAGUUUCACACUCUGUCACCGUUAUGCAAUAGGAAACGACCCCCCCGGCCCCAUCCGGCUCUGAUUCUCCGCGUCGGUAAAUCCUCCGUAUCCUCUAAACCUUCUCCCUCUCAGACUGUUCAUGUGUGUGGGGCCAAAGUCCUUUCAUUUUGUUUUAGAGUUUAAGUUUGAAGUGGAAACAAUGAUUAAUGGGUUAGUGCCGACAAAAGUGUUUAAUCUUUUGGUAUCUUUUUUUCCUCUCACUGGUUUUUACGUUCUUAAUGGAAUUGUUGUCCUAGUUUUGUUUUAGAUGAGUAUCGCCUUACCUAAUCUUCGACUCAGAGGUAACUAGCCAGGAACCACUCAGGACUAUCCACUCUCUCUCUCUCUUUCACUCUCUCUCUCUCUCUCUCUCUCUCUCUCUCUCUCUCUCUCUCUCUCUCUCUCUCUCUCCUCCACUCAGCCUGCUCUCCACGGCUGAUGGUACGGCCGCCCUACAAGGACAUAAGAGGGAACCUGUUCUGUGUUUUUUGGCCUUUUUCAGCUCUUUAAGCAAACUUAAAAAGGGCAUUAGGACGACUACGAGAGAACGGGUAGACACAUGGGACCCCACGCUAACACACGCAUCAACCACACCCUCGUGCCAACAAAUGCACGCACCCCGGACUGGCCAAGCAAACGCACACACCACGCCCAGCAGGGCACGGUGACGCAAACGCAAACACCAAGCCCAGCAGGACAUCACAUGGCCUCCCUCGGUGAGAAGGGGAAUGGUCCCUGACCAAAGAGGAGGACGAACAGACCUCUUGCCAAAAGUAACAGCACAGCCCCCACCCCCCAAACCUGUCUACCGUUCUCGGUCAGGAAGUGAUGAUGAAAGGCAGCAGACAGCUUACGGCGCCGCCUUCGGUGAACCAUUCACUCGACUUGAGUUUUCUUUAGCCUCAACCCUCUACUGUACCCAUACCCCCCCUCCCACACUCUGCUGUGGGUCACUCUGAAGCAGCUCAGAACCACAUUCAACUGGCGAAGUUAUUAGAUAACAAAUAUCAACACAAGAUGGCAGUGGGGACUUUGUUUUAUCCCUGUGUCUCCAGACAGCCCCGUAGGCUUGUUGGUGUCAUUGAAGACUGUCUGCUCCGUCACUAUAAGUUAGCUGAGUAUUUCACAUAUACUGUAUUUACUGACUGUUCAUUGGUCAACACUGGUAGUCUCUUCACAUGUGUCUUUCCCAUUGUGUGCUUUUUGAACAUCCUGGUCUCUUCUCAAACAGUUGGACAGGCUGAGAUCCUGCCUGUGUUAUGUUGUUGUAUUUUGUUGAAGCAGGCAUUAUAACUUCUCAUGGCUUGUCUUCCCUCACUCUCCUGUCAUCACUGCGAUCCGUUCUAGCCAAGAGGGUGUUGGUCCAUUUACCCUCCCAGAGCAAUGGGCUGCAUCGAUAAGCCAUUCAUUCUUUCUUUGGUCUGAUUACUUUCGAGUGGUGUUCAGAUAACCGGUAGAAAUGCUGCUCUUGUCUUGCUGAAGGAUCAAUAAAGGGAAUUGAAAAGGAAA